AUUGCUGUGUUACACUGACGCUCCGAAUGCGGAAACUCGCCAUCUCCAUCCUGCUCAUUGCAGGUCUCUCUCGCACAGAAUGUUCCAGCCAGAAUCAGGAGGAGAAGCUGAUUAACGAUCUUUUUAAUGUAAAAAAUUACAACAAAGAAAUCCGCCCAGUCCAACACAAAAAGGAAGUGGUCAAUGUAUCGCUGAGCUUAACCCUCUCCAAUCUCAUCUCACUGAAAGAAGUUGAUGAAACUUUGCUUACAAACGUGUGGAUUGAACAUGGGUGGUUCGAUACUCGGCUCUCCUGGAAGACAUUGGACUACGGUGGAGUCUCAAUCCUUCGUCUUCCUCCCAGCAUGGUGUGGCUGCCAGACAUUGUCUUAGAAAACAAUGUUGAUGGCCAGUACGAAGUGGCGUAUUAUUGCAACGUGCUGGUUUCUUCAGAUGGUUUCAUCUAUUGGCUCCCUCCUGCAAUAUUCCGGAGCUCCUGUCCGAUCAAUGUUGUGCAUUUCCCAUUUGACUGGCAAAAUUGCUCCUUGAAGUUCACCUCGUUCAAUUACAAUGCCAAUGAAAUACAUCUGGAGCUCAAAACAGAAAUGAAGGAUGGCAAGACAUACCCAAUUGAGUGGAUAAUCAUUGAUCCCGAGGCUUUCACAGAGAACGGUGAGUGGGAAAUUGUACAUCAUCCUGCAAAAAAGAACAUCCACGUAAACGUCUCUCCUAACAGCACCAAGUACCAGGAUAUCACCUUCUACCUGAUCAUCAAACGCAAGCCUCUGUUCUACCUCAUCAAUAUCAUCACCCCUUCUGUCCUCAUCUCAUUUCUGAUGUUGCUGGCUUAUUACCUCCCUGCAGACAGUGGUGAGAAGAUGACGCUGUCCAUUAAUGUCUUACUCGCACAGUCUGUCUUCCUGCUGCUGAUGUCACAAAGAUUACCAGAGACCGCUGACGCUGUUCCGCUGAUUACCAAGUACUUAAUAUUUAUUAUGGUCCUCGUCACUUUUGUAAUCGUAAACUGUGUUGUGGUAUUAAACAUUCAUUUCCGUACUCCCAGCACCCACGUCCUCUCAGCCUGGACUAAACGGCUGUUUUUAGAAACUCUGCCACGGAUCCUGCACAUGUCACAACCAGAGGAGGAGGAGCUGUGGGUGAACGGGGCCAUUCAGCGACGCAGCAGCUCAGUUGGAUACAUUGCCAAAGCCGAGGAAUAUUUCACCAUCAAAUCCAGGAGCGAACUGAUGUUUGAGAAGCAGUCACAACGGCACGGGAUGAAGGCGAGAACCACCCCCAAAGCACCUACUGCUAACAGUGGCGAGAAGCAGCACGAGAUUUCAGACCAGUUUUACUCCGAGAUCAAGCCUGGUAUCGAUGCGGCAAAUUACAUUGUGAAGCACACAAAGGACACAAACGAUUAUGAUGAGGAGAAGGAUAGCUGGAAUCGUGUGGCCCGGACUGUGGACAGACUCUGUCUCUUCCUGAUAACUCCAAUCAUAAUCAUCGGAACAAUCUCUAUCUUCUUGAUGGGCAAACUCAAUCACCCCCCAGCGUUACCGUUUGAAAAUGAUGGUUUUGAUUAUGCACCAGGGCAUCCAAGAUACUUAAUAAAAUAAGAGAAUUCAGGGAUGAGAAAAGGCCAUUCAGUCCCAAAGCUUAUCCUUCCUGUAUAUUAGCUGUCCUAUUAUCAUAUUCUAUUUUGAAUAAACCCUAAUGUGUUUGUUCC